AUGAGACCCCUUAUGCCCAGAUUUCACACCUUGCGUCGGGGAUACGCAACUCAGAUUGCAUCCUCGUCAAUAGAGGCGGGAAUCGCCAAGAUCUUGCACACCAACAAGGAAAUCCCAGACCACCUCUCACCAACCCACUCACAUCUCCUCAACCUCCUGUUCUCGGACAUCUUCAACUCGGCCGCCAAACAUCCGCCAAAAUACCCAUCACUCUCAGAACCCGCCGUCCCAUUGCCGCAAGGCCACCACCUGGUCUAUUUCCCCCUCCAAUCACCGCCCUCAUGGCUAAUGCCGGACGGCACGGAUCCGGAUCACUGUCCCGGUGCGCCCUUUACGCGUCGCCUCUGGGCAGGCGGCGAGGUCCGGUUCCGCGAGGGUUGGGAGGACGAGCUUCGCCUUGACGGGCGGAAAGUUGGCUGUGUCGAGAGCGUGGAGGAUGUGAGGGCCGAGAAGGGGAGGGUGUGGGUCGAGCUUUGGCGGCGGUAUGGGGUAUCUGCUGCCGGUCGUGGCGAAAGCGGUCCAGCGGUCGAGGAGAGAAGAACGCUGGCCUUUCUUCCUGACGUUGAUGCUCCUGCUCCGGCGCGGCGAAGUUUGAAAGCACCGCAUAAGCCGACGGCGUCUCUCACGCUCACGCCGACGCAGAAUCUCCUCACCAACUUUAGCGCGCUGACGUACAAUGCGCAUGCAAUCCAUCUAGACCCGGCGUGGGCUGCGCAGGAAGGCCACCCGGCGACGCUGGUCCACGGACCUCUGUCCCUGGCUCUGAUGCUCGCGCUCCUGAAUAGGCAGGGUAGGGGGCAGAGUGUGCGCUGGUACGGGUACCGGAACCUGGCGCCGCUGUACUGCGGCCGGGAGAUGACGCUGUGCCUCCGAGAAAAGGAGGCGAGUGGCAGCGAGAGGAAGUGGGAUGUUUGGAUUGAGGGCGCCGAUGGAGGGAUGGCGGUGAAGGGGACUGCUAUUACUGUCGAUGGCUUAUGA